AGUAAACUAAGUAUUGAGUGGAAAUUGAAGUUAAGAUGACAAAAUCGACAAAUUAUCUUUAAGUGAUUAAUUUCAUGCUCUAAUUGGACCAUUUUAUGUCAGUCAAUCAGCACCAUUUCUGGUUAGACAUGCAUUAAAAUUAGCAGAUGUCUUAUAUGUGCCUUUUUCAGCGCGCCAUUUCGACAGCGACGGGUAACAUUGUACGCUGUAUUGGGCGAGAGAGUCCGUGGGGGAGUUGGGCCGAGCUUUGUGUUUGCCCCAUCUUGAGUGUUUACAGAAGGCAAAAUGACUGAAAAAGAUGGAGAACACUUUGAUGAUGCUGUGGAGGAGAGGGUCAUCAAUGAGGAGUACAAGAUCUGGAAAAAGAACACUCCAUUUCUGUAUGACCUAGUGAUGACCCAUGCAUUGGAGUGGCCGUCGCUCACCGCCCAGUGGCUGCCAGAUGUCACCAGGCCGGACGGGAAGGACUACACAGUGCACCGGCUGAUCCUGGGCACCCACACGUCCGACGAGCAGAACCACCUGCUGAUCGCCUCCGUGCAGCUGCCGACCGAGGACGCCCAGCUCGACCCGUCACACUACGACAGCGAACGGGGCGAGUUCGGCGGCUUCAGCUCAGUGAAUGGCCGGAUCGACAUCGAGAUCAAGAUCAACCACGAGGGCGAGGUGAACCGGGCGCGCUACAUGCCGCAGAACCCGUGCGUCAUCGCCACCAAGACGCCCAGCUCGGACGUGCUCGUGUUCGACUACACCAAGCACCCGAGCAAGCCGGAUGCCGGCGGCGAGUGCAGCCCCGACCUCAGGCUUCGGGGCCACCAGAAGGAGGGGUACGGCCUCUCCUGGAACCCCUCCGUCAAUGGCAACCUGCUGUCGGCCUCGGACGACCACACCAUCUGCCUCUGGGACAUCAACGCCACGCCCAAGGAGAACAAGGUGGUGGAUGCCAAGAACAUCUUCACCGGUCACACGGCUGUCGUCGAGGACGUGGCCUGGCACCUGCUUCACAUGACGUUCUUCGGCUCGGUGGCCGACGACCAGAAGCUGAUGAUCUGGGACACGCGCUCCAGCACCACCAACAAGCCGUCGCACAUCGUCGACGCGCACACGGCCGAGGUCAACUGCCUCUCGUUCAACCCGUACUCGGAGUACAUCCUGGCGACGGGCUCGGCCGACAAGACGGUGGCGCUGUGGGACCUGCGCAACCUCAAGCUCAAGCUGCACUCGUUCGAGUCGCACAAGGACGAGAUCUUCCAGGUGCAGUGGUCGCCGCACAACGAGACGAUCCUGGCGAGCAGCGGCACCGACCGGCGCCUGCACGUCUGGGACCUGAGCAAGAUCGGCGAGGAGCAGUCGGCCGAGGACGCUGAGGACGGGCCGCCGGAGCUGCUCUUCAUCCACGGCGGCCACACGGCCAAGAUCUCCGACUUCUCGUGGAACCCCAACGAGCCGUGGGUGGUGUGCUCCGUCUCCGAGGACAAUAUCAUGCAGGUGUGGCAGAUGGCCGAGAACAUCUAUAACGAGGAGUCGGAGGCGCAGCCGGCCGAGCUGGAGGCCAACCGCGAUUGAAGCGAUCUCUGCGCGCGGCGGCCGGCGACCGACGCGACAUCUGCAGACCUAUGGUGACGUCGUCGCUUGAGACGCCUGCCGUGGCUUGGAAACGUGAUGUGAACCGUUCUAAGGUUAGCGUCGGGAAGGGUAUCCCGAGAGAAGACAGCUCAGCCCGACACUGACAUUGAGUUUCGUAUCCGACGCCUGGUGUCCUUAUCUCGGCCCUGCUUCAUGUCGAGAGCAUUCAUCAUCAUUCCGCUUGUGGCUCACCGCCGACCAUCUCGUAAUACAAGCGUACACAGACCUUC